UCGCUCCACGGUACUUCCACAACCAUGUUAGUAAUUCAGCACAGAAUUAGCCUAGAGAACGUACAGUGCCUCUGAAUUGGCAACGACGUGGUAGAGAAAAAAGGCAAAUGUUGAUUCAGCUAUUAGGUUGAUCCAAGAAAGUGUAAAAGGCUGACCUGUGCAGAAAAACAAUAAAUAACAACAGAACAACUUGUGAUUGUCAUUGGGUCAAUGAUGGUAAAUGUGUGAAUCAGGGGGACACUCGCCCCCACUUUAGUUGGGAAAGAAGAUACGAACAGCCAUGGGACGGUUUUCAAAAGGACGUUCCUUCUGUUUGGUUGUUACAUUUCUUGCAUUCGGUACUAUACCUAAGACAACUAAAGGAGUCAGCAGCGAGACAUUGCCAGACUCACAGCCUUCAGUUCCUGGUACACUCCCUCACUUCCUGCAGGAGCCUGAAGAUGCCUACAUCAUCAAGAGCAAUCCCAUCAAGCUUCACUGUAGGGCUGCACCUGCCCUGCAGAUCUUCUUCAAGUGUAAUGGGGAGUGGGUCCACCAGAACCAGCACAUGUCCCAAGAGUACAUGGAUGCAACAGGCUUGAAGGUCCGGGAGGUGAUGAUCAAUGUAUCUCGGCAACAGGUGGAGGACUUCCAUGGCCCCGAGGACUACUGGUGUCUCUGUGUGGCCUGGAGUCAUCUUGGCACCUCAAAAAGCCGCAAGGCCACUGUCCGCAUUGCAUACCUGCGGAAGAACUUUGAGCAGGACCCCCAGGGAAAAGAAGUGCCAAUAAAGGGCAUGAUUGUGCUGCACUGUCGCCCCCCAGAGGGAGUCCCAGCAGCAGAGGUGGAAUGGCUGAAGAAUGAAGAGCCAGUGGUCUCCCUCAGCGAUGACAAUAUUGAUACUCGAGCUGACCACAACCUCAUCAUAAACCAGGCCCGCUUGUCAGAUUCAGGAAACUACACUUGCCUGGCCAGCAACAUUGUGGCUAAGCGGCGCAGCACUACUGCCACAGUGGUGGUUUAUGUGAACGGAGGCUGGUCAUUAUGGACAGAAUGGUCUCCCUGCAAUGUGCCCUGUGGAAGGGGAGUCCAGAAGCGCUCACGCACUUGCACCAACCCUGCACCACUUAACGGGGGCUCUUUCUGUGAGGGCAUGUCCAUGCAGAAAAUCACCUGCAGUGCGCUCUGUCCAGUGGACGGUGGCUGGGAGGAAUGGAGCGAGUGGACGGCGUGCGGCGCAGAGUGUGAACGACAGCGCAGGAGAGAGUGCAAUGCGCCGCCACCUAAACAUGGAGGGAGAGUGUGUGAGGGGGCUCUACAGGACACCGAGAACUGCACUGGGGAGCUGUGCACCCAGAAUCGAAAGCUGAUAUAUGACGUAAAACCUCAAAGUAUGGACAGCACCAGUGAUGUGGCCCUGUACUCUGGGCUGGCUGCUGGGAUCAUUGCCAUGGCUGUCCUCAUUGUGGCUGUCAUGCUGUACAGGAAGAACCAGAGUGAGUACGGGGUGGACGUCAUUGAUUCCUCCACACUCACAGGGGGAUUCCAGUCUUUCAGCUUCAAGGCAGCCAGGCAAGGAAACCCUCUGCUGAUCAGCUCUUCCAUGGCACCUGAUCUGUCGGUGGGCCGUGCCUACAGCAGCCCUAUCUGUUUCCAGGACUCCAUGGACAAGGAGCUGAUAAGCGAGUCCUCUCUCUUCGACCCCUUGCCAGACAUCAAGGUCAAAGUUCCAAGCUCCUUCAUGGUGUCGCUAGGAGUAGCAGAUCGGGCGGAGUACCACGCAAAAGCCGUCCCCGAGACUCUCCCUAGGGGACUUUGCCAUGGAAACUAUAGCAUCACAGAGAAUCAUGAGAAGAGCCUUCUUACUACCAACCUAUUGAACAAACCCUCCAAGGCUCCGGUAAAGGCGUUUGGCGUGUUUGGCCAUGCAGGUGGACGACUUGCGGUCCCAAACACAGGAGUCAGCCUGCUGGUACCACAUGGGGCAAUCAAUGAGGACACAACAUGGGAGAUGUACAUGCUCAUCAAUCAGGAUGACUGCAGUGCUCAGACCAAUGAAGGCUGUGAAAUACUACUCAGCCCAGCAGUAACUUAUGGCCCACCUGGGCUUGACCUUUCCUGCCCGGUUGCCAUGACGAUAGCCCACUGUGCUGAGGCCAACGCGGAAAACUGGAGCAUACGGCUCAAGAGACUAACAUGCGAAAAGAAGUGGGAGGAUGUGAUGUCAGUGGAGGAUGAGACCACUUCCUGUUACUGCCUGAUGGACUCCCACAGUUGCCACCUGCUACUGGACCGACCUGGCUGCUACGCUCUGGUUGGGGAGCCCUUUACCGAGGGUGCUGUGAAGAGGUUAAAGCUGGCUGUGUUUGGGAGCACUGGUGCCAACUCCAUGGACUACAGCCUGCGGGUGUACUGUGUAGACGAUACCCCCAACGCCUUCCAGAGGGUGGUUGCUAUGGAGAAGGGCAAGGGCGGACAACUCCUGGAGGAGCAGAAGACAUUACUUUUUAAAGCGAACACCUCCAGCCUCCAAGUCUCCAUCCAGGACAUCCCACAGUUUCUGUGGAACAUAAAGCCUUUCACCACCUGUCAGGAAUUCUCCUUUUCUCAAGUGUGGUGCAGCAACCAGAAGCCCCUGCACUGUGCCUUCUGCUUGGAGCGAUAUAGUCCUGCCACAACCCAGCUCUCCUGCAAGAUCAGUGUACGGCAGGUCAAAGGUCAUGAGCAAAUCCUACAGAUCUUCACAUCCAUUGCAGAGAGGCAAAAGGAGUCAGUCCCAUCCGUUACUCAGAUGGAUUGCUCUGUCACAUCUCUGUACGGCCCCAAGGCCUUCAAAAUUCCCCUCUCCAUUCGCCAGAGGAUCUGUGCAACCUUUGACACUGCCAAUGCCAAAGGCAAGGACUGGCAGCUUUUGGCACAGAAGCUUCACAUUGAGAGGAACCUGUCCUAUUUUGCCAAGCAGCAGAGUCCCUCAGCAGUGAUACUGAACCUCUGGGAAGCCCGUCACCAAGACAACGGGGAUCUGGACUCACUAGCCAGUGCGUUGGAAGAAAUCGGCAAAGUCCACUCCAAAAGCCCAGCGAAUGGCAACAGCACAGAUGAAGCUAGCUCCGACUUCACUUAACAGAGGACAGAAUCAAAGCAGCCAGAGAACAGAGGAAAGAGUUCAAGCUACGACUAGCGGGGGAUCAGCACAGGUAGAGAGAGUACAGAGGUGUCGGACUAAUACUUCACACAGAAGUUCCAGUCCAGGUAAUCAAGGUGUGCGGGGUGGUGUUGACAGCAGUGGUGGGAAACCAAAUCCACAGGCUGCGGUGCAUCAAAGAAUGCUUCCUCCUCCUGUUCUUUGAUAAGGGAGGGGGGUGGAGGGAAUGUGUACACAGAGAGAAACCUAACAUUUUCAAUCAAGCUAAACACACAAGCCAAUAUAAUUAGAAAAGUAUGUUCAUCGACCGUCAAAUCGAAUGAAAACUCAGCGGCUGCACAUUUUAGACAUGCCCCUUUGAAGCUGCCAAAGAGACUCGGCUCUGGUCUGCAUCAUUACAGGAAUGGGGUGUUGCCAAGCGACAACAACAGAAGCGAAGACUCUACCGCCUUCUCAUAUACAAAAGCAUAAAGAUUCUUUUUUUCUUUAUUUUCAUUGUUUCCUCAACUAAAUUGCUUUAAAUCCGAUUGAUUUGACUGAAUAUUGUUUUUUUCUGAUUUUGAUAUUGCCUUAAUACUAAUAAUAAUAAAGAAAAAUAUGCCUUGUUACAAAUUUUGGGCCCUAUUUGCAUAGCCAUAUUGGAAAUGUCUCAGUGUAGUCUCCCAGGGAAAGUGGGAUAAGAUAUAAAAGGAUUGAUGCGGUUAGAUUUUAUUCGUUGCAUGUUUUUCACACUAUAAUGUCCUACUGGUGUUGUAGUACUGUCUCAUAUAAUCCAAUAUGAGCCAUCACUCAAUACUAGGGGUGGGCAAUUUCGGUCCUGGAUGGCCAGUGUGUAUGCAGGUUUGUGUUUCCACCAAUUAACCUGGCUAAAUGAGCUAAUUAGCUCAAUACACAAACACCAGCUCAUUCAAAAAUUUGAUCACAGUAAAACGUUUCAUAUAGGGACACAAGAACAGUCUUCGGCUGACAUUCAUGGACUUAUCAAGAAAUGUUAUGGCUAAUUAAAUAAUUGAAGUCAGAAGGCAUGAAAACCAGACACAGAUACAGCCCUCUUUGCCUACCUCUGCUCUAUGCUCUAUUACACAGAUGUUUCAAUCAAAGCUGAGAGCAGCCACACAUCCCCAUCAAAUGUUUACAUAUGCCGUAUGUUUAUAGUCUAUUAAAUAAGGAUCAAAUCUCAGAAAACAGUGUAUAAACUGUUUGAAAAUGCGAAAGACAUUUUCAGGCUGCAUUGCAGUAGGAGUCGUGGGAUCCCAAAAUAGUCUUUUUAACAAAGUAGAAAGCAGACUGGCCGGUAACUUGGUACCAGCAGAGAAGAUCUCUCCAGCCAGCUGUGUGAGGCACUUAUCUGCCUCAGCAAAUUUGCACAGAUCAGUCUUGCAAACAAUGGAGGAACAUGGAUUGGCAGUCAGAACCAGAUGCAAUUAAAGGAAGACAAAGCUGGCGAGGAAAUUCUAAAGUCUAGGUCUGCAGGGAUGCGGCAUGAUAUGUUUCUACCCAUGUUAAACAAAUUAUUCACUUAAUUUAUUUGUGUGCUUAUUGGCGUGUGCAAUUUGAAGGAGCCCACUGAGGGCCAUUUUGAAGAUAUUUGAGUCGUUGGGUAGUUUUCUAAAGACAGUGCAAUUAUACUGCUUUAGCAGUUGGACUUACUGUCAGGGAGUCACUUUUGCACAGCAAAAGUUGUAUUAAUAGCACUCAAACCUUGAGUCCAGCCAAUGACCUGUGAACGUAAAAAAGUCAAUCCAGGUUCACUCCUCACUGUUGAAAAACAUUUUCAAAAUUAGCGUGACAUUUUGUCAAGAAUAUUGGAGGUAUGUUGGCAUGCAGUGGUUUGAACUUAUAAAUUGGUAUGGUAGAAAUUGAGAAAUGGUAUUGAGAAAUAUGUCACACAGCUUUAGGAUAUAUUUUUCAUUGAUGAUACACUUCAUUUAGGUUCUUCAGUUAUAUUGAUGCAAUUAUUUUGUAGUAAGGUGUCAGCUAACUUACUGUACUGUGAAUACUACAUUGAACUGAACUGGCUUAGUGUUGGUCAUAUCCAAGUGACAAAGCCUUUUAUAUUCAAUGUGAAUAUAAAUAUAGGGGCGACAUAUCUUAGGAGGUAAGAAUGGUUGUCUGGCAGUCGGAGGGUUGCCAGUUCAAACCCCCACCCUGGGUGUGUCAAAGUGUCCCUGAGCAAGACACCUAACCCCUAAUUGCUCUGGUGAAUGAGAGGCAUCAAUUGUCAAGUGCUUUGGAUAAAAGCGCUAUAUAAAUGCAGUCCUUUUUAUGUUUUAAGCUUUUAAUUAACUUAUAUGUGACCCAUCCAGUAUUAUGUCCAUUAUAACAGCACACAGUUCCCCCCUCAAGGUCCUGACAGCUUUUGCAGUGAGCAGUGAAAAUGACAUGUUGCUGUAAAAAGAAAAGAUAAAAAGCUACAAAUAUGGUGGUUUGUGAUUUCAGUUUGAGUUCCUUCUGCGUCUUUUGUAACAGCCAGCCUAGUAAUCGUAUUCAAGAGGUUCUGUAUAUCUCGUAUAUUUCUUGCAAGCUACUAUCUCUGAAUAAAUAUAAUUUUGCAAACAAUUCAACAAUGUUGAUCUGAAUAAAGUGUUAUCCAUUUGCAGAGGCCUCGCCAAAGCCUUUACCAUUUAGCAGACCAAAAGGUUUCCUUUUGCCGUUUUUCUCUGCUCCAUUUCUGCAUUCUGAGAAGAAUGUUUCUUCAGAGUUGAAUCUCUUUACAAAGUUCUGGAAAGUGCUUUCAUUUGCAUUUAAGAUGUGACCAAUAACAAAACGGCAGCAGGAGAUAUGUUCAUUAUUAAUAAUAAUAAUAAUAUCACAGACCCUGCAGGUUAUACAACACCACAGGUGAGAGAGAGCACCAAAUUAUAAGAUUCAUGUAUUAAUAUAUAAUGCUUUUUAAAAGCAAAUCUUUCACUUUUCAUAUCUUUCUGUAUCACUGAUCCUGAAAACUGGCUGGGCUUUCCAUUAUGCAGCCUAUUAAAUCUAGAAUGCUCAUGCAGUCAUUGUAUUGCUGUUAUGACCAUGUUGGUUAUAAAUUGUAGUCACUGCAUAAUGACAUGACUGAAUUGCACUGGAUCAAAUGGUCUGAACUUUUGACUCAUUGUCAGUUCCCAGUAAAAAGAAUGAAUAACUCAAUGACCAUAACUACUGUAUUGUUUUCUUAAGUGUUCCCUUCAGCCAAAUACCAGCAUUGACAAUCAGAUGCAGCACUCCAAUUCCCUAAAUUAAAUAGUUCAAAUAAAAUCUAAUUAAUUUGGCUGUAUUGUAGCAUGUGGUUUCAUUUUAAAUUUGUGUGCACAAUAAAAAUGACUUCUGCUCUUUAAUCUCUUGAUAAUAAAAACAAGAUUUUAUAUCUUAUCAUAUUUAUAUAAUUUGAUAUUUAAGAAUGAUGCUUGCUUUAAUUGUUGCAUGAUUCUAAUUUUUACUUUGCUCAGGUUCAAAAGAUUUCAGUUUUAUUAUUUUACAUUUUGAUUUCAUAUUUUGAAGGUUUUACCCCCACACUUUUGAAAGAAAAAAUGCUGCAGUAUUUCAAGGAACCCUGUCAGACUGAAUCCCACUUCUACAGUCCUACUCCUGGCAGGACCAUAUGUUUUUGAAAUAUAUUAAGGAUAUAUGUUUUUAAUUUCUUUAUAAAUGCUUGGUCAUUGCAUAAGUGUGUACACCAAAACUUUUUUCCCCUUUCCUCAUGUCCUAAUCUAAUCAUUCGAGAGAUGAGACAGCUUGUAGGAUAUUUGAAAAGCUGCUGGUGUAACAUUUGCUGUCUGCCAAGCUAAAUUAUAGCUUAUUUUAAAAUAUGUGACAUCAUAAAAUAUACUUUGCAUCAGAGAAAAUAAGAAGCUCACCUUGUGCUGUUGCUGACAGGGUUAUUUGCAGGGUUGGCAUCUCAAUAUACCCAUACUGCUUCCAAAUUCCUGUUGGAUCUGGCAGAUUGGCCAUGGCCUAUGGUUUCACUUUGAUUCAUUCUGUGACAACUUCUCAUGCAAGAUUGUAUAAUUCUAGAAAGUCUGCAAAACUAUUCUCAUAAAUGGUAAUACAGUAUGUUUGCUAUCUGUGUAGUGUAGAUGCAUAAAGUCAUGACACUGAGCGUCAGGGAUUACUGUGUUCCUAUGGACAUACAGCUGUUGUACAUAUCUAAUCAAGUCACUGUGGGAAGGGCUGCUGACUGCCUCUGGUUUGAAAUGUAGAAUGAACUAAAUGAAUCUGCUCCUUCACCACGUCUAAGUCUGUCUUCUGGCUUGGUACAGGACAGCACAUCUUUCUUGUCCAAAACCAAAGCACACACUCGGAAGAAUAAGUCAACCAUUUUUAAAAUGGGAAACAAAUGUAACAUACUUCUUUGUAAGAUUUAGUGUAUUUCUCCUUUUUUUUUUUUGUAUUUUGCUCAUUGCCUUGGAUUCACAAUUUCUGUGCCUUGUACAGUAUAGCUGCUGUGAAUUGUGAAUGCGGUGCAUAUGGGGUUAAUAGACAAGACAAUGGACAUAUACUGUAUAUGGACACAUCCUUGCCAUUAUCAUGGGAACUGAGAGAUAUUGUGAUUGAAAUUAUGGGCAUUUUGGAAUCUUCAUAGUUUAGUUUGUAAACUUCAUAUACAGCCUGUUAAUACUAUGUACAGGAGAAAAUAUCCACACAUUUUCUGAGUAUGUUCUUUUAAGUUGGUUUUUAUCCAGCACCAGUUCAAUCAGUCCAACAAUUUCAAACCUCCAAGGUGCUGUAUAUUUAUGGCCAGAAGGUGGCGGUAUUAUGUCUAUUGUUGUAUACUAGUCUUAAAUGUCAAUAAAAAAAAUAUAUAGUUGCUCAGAUUGCAGUUAUGUUUUAUCAGUUAUUUAGUUAAUCCGGCUCUGUGUUGGUUUCUGCAUUUUCAACAGAUAAAUAAAUAAAUCAGCACACAUUCAAAGAGAGGUAAGAAUGUCCAUACUUCAUUCCUAUAUAUAAAAAAAGCCUUGAAAUGUAAGUGGUGGAACUGGAACUCAUAUGGGUACCUUACUGACAGUGCCCACUGUCUAUAAAGGAUCCACAUAUAGAUAAUUCUCUGUAGAAAAUCAGACCCUUUUGAGCUCAAUUUGUGCCGCUGUACUGUAACACGCUGUGUGCACCAGAUGUCCUGACUGUCUGCAGCCCAGUCAGAAGGAAUGAUCUCAGCUCAGAAUCUGGUCAAAACCGGUUGAGACAGAGUCCCCACCCUUCCUCAACUUCCAUGUAAAUUCAGCCUGCUUUCUUUGAUACUCUUCCAUUGCCUGGACAACUGCAUUCACUCAGACACUUGUAAGAUGUCACAUCCGUGGCCUCCCCGCCACCCACUCUCCCUGCAUACCAUUCAAUCCAGAACACACAGGAAGUCUGUGUGCUGUGCAGAGAGGGAGGGGGGAGGGGGCAAAGUGCAGAGACUAAUAAUGAGAGUCAUGUGAAGCGCAUGGGAAGAGUGGAGGUUGCCUCCUUAAUGUAGGAGUAUUAGCAAGGUCUUCAUUAUCUCAAAUAGAUUUUUUUUAAAACCCUUGCUUGUGUAUUAGUUCUAGAAAAUAAGGAAUUUGUACACACAAAUCUUUCCUUUAUAUUCAUCCUUGUGUUUUUGCUAAACAUACCCAAAAACUCUCCGUAUCUCCCAGGUAUAUUAUUAUAUGAAUUUUCUUGACUAUGGAGAAGAGCUGCUGUCUCCUGUCUGUUGUUCCAAUGCUUUUAACUGGUGAGCAUUAUGAUUUUUUAUAUGUACUUUGUGGCUCACAAAGUGGAAAAUAUCAGUGUUACCAUCAUGAAUACAAAUGUGCAGUACUACCACCGAGGGCACAAUAGCCACAUUCAUAACCAACAUUCAUAGCAUUCUCAAUUGAAAAAUGUGCAAUACAGUACUACACUAUUAGUCUGAUACCACCAGCAUUAAAAAUAAAAGCAAUACACGUUACAGGUGGAUAGCUAAAGAGGGUUGUGGUGGGUGUUCAGUCUGUUGUUUUAACAACAUGUCACUUUUAGUGUAGUCCCAAUUCAUGCUCAAUAACUAAAUCUAAUUUAUACCUAGAUAAUGUGAUAUAUCAUUAAAUGUCCAGGUCACAUUUACUUGUUACCUAAGCACAGCUGGACAAUUUUUACAAAAAAAGAAAUUAUCUGUUUGGAAUCUGUGGAGAGGUGAUUGUUUUAUUGUUUAGAUAGCCAACAUAGCUGCUUAACAUGUUCAGUGAAGCAAUAAUCUCAGACUGCAGCUCUUUUCCACGAAGUGUUACUUUUGAGAUAAGAAUGUCAGUUGUUGACUGGUUUUAGUGAACUGGUUCCAAAAUGGCACCUUAGCAACAGAAGAAUACUGGAAAGUACCAUGAAGAGAACGGAUCACUUAACCUGAAUUUGGUUUAAAAACAUGCAAUUAUCUCUCCACAUAAAAAAACCUGUGAGUUACUCUGUGCAUUUAUAAUCCUCUGUGUGAAUAAAUACUUCAUAAUAUCAGCGUGAAAUUUGCUUUUAAUUCCUGCCUGUGCCCUUUGGCUAUGUUCAUAGAACUUAGCUUGACAGUUUAGCAGUCCACCUUAUUAUUCCCUUCUGAAAUGUUAAAUACUUCAAUUAAAUCCUACAGAAUUUAUUUUGCUAAGACCAAAUGGAUUAAGAUCAAGUCUCUUCACAUAUAUUAUCUGUUCAAGACCUGGACACUGUGUUUGGGGAUUCACUGCACUGAAUGCUGUGAAUAAUUUAAAAAAGACAAUUACAUGUGUCACAGUAAAUAUUUGAAGUGGAAAAUAUGAAAUUAUAGACUUUCAUUGGCACUGAGCCUCAUGUUGACAAACGCCAAUAACAGACUCCAAAGGCAAUCAAAAGGCUGGAAUCAAAACGAGAUACUGAAAACUCUCUUAUACCUGCACGAAGGAACCAAUUGAACACACCUGACGAAUCAGAAACACCUGUGAGGUCAUUUGUCUCAAACCUUAUGACGCCUUGAAAUGGGGGGGCUAUUCAUAAAAAGUGCUGUAAUUUCUACAUAGUGAAACAAAAUGUAUAAAUGCCCUUAAAUAAAAGCUGAGUGUGCACUACAACAUGUGAAUUGUUUGAUUACACAUCUAAAAAUUGUAAGGAGCCAAAUUUGAAUGGGGUUAAAUCAUGUUUUUGAACAUGUUUUCAAGUCAAUGCUCUCAGGUAUCGCAGGCUGCUAUAUAAUGGUUUGUGUUUUAAGAGUGUAGCCAUAAAGGUCAGGGGUCAAAUGAUCUGCACAAAUCCAAGUAUGUGUGUUGGUUACAGAUUGAUUACUAUUGUUAUUAUCUAUUUCAGUAUUCAUUGGCUAGCUGUUUCCGGGGGGUCUUGUAUGACAUAAAUAUGUAAUGGAGAGGAAAAACAACAAGUAGCUAAUCACACUAUAUCACAACAAAUUCAAUUGUGUGUUACACACAGUCCCCUAAAGAAAUCUUUGUGUACUUACAUAAUGGGGUGGAGAAUAAGAAACAUGCAGCACUAAUGUCUCACAUUUCCUGUGUAAUGUAUAUGAUCUUGUAAGUUUGGAGUAAACACCCUAUGGAAAA